UUCUCUCUCUUCAGUAUGCCAUCCCCACCCACUUACAGCUGAUGCGAUCAGCGUACGUUACAAUCAUUGUUAAUAUUUUGUAAGAAAGAAACGACGAGGAAGGACCUGUUAAAUCUAAAGAAUAUAUCGUCCGAUAUAAUACUGUCUUAUAGAUUCUGAUUAAUAGAUAAAAAUAAAGAAAGUGUUCAUUAAAAUUGUAACAGUGAUUGUGACGUGGAAGUGAAAACUGUUUUUCUCAGACUGUACCACAUAGAACACAAGGGGAAUCGAGAACACAAACGGGAGAAGGAAAUUUCUUAUUGAAAUAAAAGUUCAUUUUUCUCGUUUAUCUCUCUCUCUCUCUCUCUCUCUCUCUUUCUUUAUCAUUCACUAUUUCUCUUUCUCUCUCUCUCUCUUUCUCUCUCUGCAAAAAUAAUAAAUAUAUUAUUCAAUAAAUAAAAGUGACUGAGAGAUUGGAUUGACAUCCUGUAAGAGUACGCGGGCAUGGUAUAUUUGACGGGUCUUUGGGGUAUGGGAGAGACUGAAUCACAGUGCCAUAGCACCAGCGCUUCGCCAGUCUCUUCCUCGUUUCAGGAUCAUGACGAAGAAGUUGCGUUGCAUCCUCUCAAGAAUCAGGUUGGUGGACAUACAAGGCUGCUGCUUCUCAACCAGAGUACAAUUUGUAAACCAUUGAACUGCAGGGAACUUGACUUCUAUCAAAACAUUCCACAAGAUAUACAAAUGUUUGUCCCAAAAUUCAAAGGUGUAAUGCAGGCCUCCAGUAGCGGUGAAGUUACAUUAGAUAAACGGUACAGUCCAAGUUUUAGAGAACAAGAUAAUAAUCGUCAAGGAAAGGGUUCGACUAAGAGGAAACGCGAUGAUGUACUCAGGAUGAGAAUACAUCGUAGAAACAGUACUAUCGAUAUAUUAAAACCAGAAAUGCAUUUGGACAGCGCAUCGAACAGACAGUAUUUCCUAUUAUUGGAGAAUAUUACUUCUCAAUAUAAACAUCCGUGUAUACUCGAUUUAAAAAUGGGGACCAGACAACAUGGCGAUGAUGCCAGCGCAGAAAAGCGAAGUAAACAAAUAGCAAAAUGUGCCGCCAGUACGUCGGCUUCUUUGGGAGUACGAUUAUGUGGAAUGCAGGUAUAUCAAGUUGAUACGGAUCAUUAUAUAAAAAGAGACAAAUAUUGGGGCAGAGAAUUAAACGAGGAAGGUUUUAAAGCUGCCUUAUAUCGAUUCUUUCACAAUGGCUUUUGUUUACGAACAUUGGUUAUCGAAAGGGUGAUAUCUCGAUUAGAACUAUUGCGACGUGCUAUCGAAAGGCAAAGUAGCUAUCGGUUCUACUCGUGUUCGUUGCUUAUAGUGUACGAAGGAUAUCAGAUAGAGGAAUUCACAACGCACAGACAUGCAACAUCCCUUAGAGUCGAAGAGGAAUCGAAUGACUUGAGUUUCAUGGAAAAUACACCUGGUGGUUCGGAUACGUGUUACGACGCAGAUACGAGCAAUAAUUCAACGGACUAUAAUCUUUUAGCGCAUGAGGAAGUAAGCCAAGCAGCAUUGCACCGUGGUUUUGGUGAGGCUGCUGCCAGGGGUGCUAAAAAUACAACAGCGUUUUAUCCGGUUAACGAGGAAACCGUUUUUAUGGAUCCACCACCAAGUUUGAUCAAUACAGUAGUUCAAUCUCCGUCAUAUGACAAUUGGAUGUUGUAUAGUAGUAGCAGCGGUGAAGAUUAUUGUUUUGGUCAACACAUAGCCGCCAAUUCGGAAGACACCAGUUCUGACAUUGAUAUUAGAAGUGAAUGCGCAUUGAAACGUAACAGGCACAAACAUCGUUUGCGUUCUUACGACGACGUAGAACAGGAUCAAGAUGAGUUGAAGCCAAGCGGCAUUUCGAAAAGAUUCCGUGUAAAAACUGAACAAACAACGACCUCCGUGCAAGAUGCGAUGGUAGAUGUAAGAAUAAUAGACUUUGCCCAUACCACCUUUGGACGGAGCAGUUUAGCUUUGGCAUGUAAUUCAAGCUCGAUGAUACACCAAGGUCCUGACUGUGGUUUUCUUACCGGUUUGGAUAGCCUAAAACGAUUGUUAAUGGAGAUAUUGACUGAAGGUUAAUUACCUUGUCUUCUCUGGAACGAUGACUAUUAUCGUGACUACUAUAUAACAAAUAAAUAAAUAAAUAAAUAAAUAAGAAUAUAUAUAUGUGUGUAUAUAUAUAUAUGUAUAUACACAUAUGUAUGCAUGUAUGUAUGUAUGUAUGUGUAUCAGAGAGAAUACGAAAUCUCUUUUAUCAAUAAAAAAAAAAAAAAAAGAAAUAUAAUAAAAAGUAAAAAAAGUGGGAGAGGGGAUAAAAAUGCAAAAUAUGGUUGCAAUAUUUAUUUUUGGAUUUUCGAGAAAGAAACCGAAACACGAUGAUCGUCAUUUUUCGAAGCUAUAGUUUAAGGGAGUGGAAAAGAAUAUACAAAAAAAUUUACAAUUAGUAAGGACGUGUAAAAUUGAUCAACGACAAGGUAAUAAAUUAAAUAACAAUAAAAGAAAAGAAAAGAAAAAAAUAAAUAUAUAUAUAUAUAUAGAUAGAUAUUAAAAAAAGAAAAAAAUAAUAAAAUAAUAAAAAAUAAAAUAAAUAAAAGGAAAUAAUCGAAGAUGAAAUUCUUCCGAGAAAAAGCGGCGUUAGAGUUCAAUUAGAAAGUAGUGCGUGUGUACAUAAUAUAAUUUCUAAACAAAAAAAAAGUUAAAAAAAAAGAAAAAAUAAUAACAAUAAUAAUAAUAAUAAUAACAACAAUAAUAAUAAUAAUAAUAAUAACAAUAAAAAAUAAAAAGAGCACACUUUCGAGAAUUUGCAUAUGUAUUUUGUAAGAAAUUAUAAUGCAAAACUCGCGCGUUUUUUUCUCUAUAUAAAUAUAAAUUACUUUCAAGUAUUUUGUGUGUAUAUAUAUGUGUGUGUGUGCGUGUGCGUGCGCAUGUUUGCGUAUGUGUGUAUGUAUAUAUAUAUAUAUACACACAUAUAUAUGUAUGAUGUACGUACGUAUGUAUGUAUGUAUGUAUAAUUAUAUACCAGAAGAAACGUAUAUAAAAAAAAAAAAAAUAAUAGGUUUCAUGGUUACAAAUGUAGUGUAUAGUUGAUGAAAAAUGCUCCUGCCAAUUUACUUACACAACGUGACUGAAACAAUAUAUAUAUAUAUAUAUAUAUAUAUAUAUAUAUAUAUAUAUAUACAUAUAUACAUAUAUACAUUGUAUAUCUUUUAGAUUUGUUUCGUUAGUAGAAUCGAUUAACUAUAUGCCACCUAAGAUAGAAUAAUUUAAAAAAAAAAUUUUGUUUGUUACAUAUAUAUAUAUAUAUGUAUGUAUAUCUAUAUAUGUAUCUAUAUAGUAUAUUCUAUAUAGGUUUAUUAGAACUGAUUUCUAAAGUAUUUGAUUUGACGAUGACUUAGACGAAAUGAAAUGGAACCACUCUUGCUGAUAUUUUGAUGAAAUAUGUAUGCGAGACACACACUUUGUUCAUUCCUAAUAUCUUCUUCAUUCGUUCUCUGCCUCCGCUUGAACGUAAACGUGUUCUAUACGAUUAGCUUUAUUUUUUCUCUCUUUUCGACAUAUACACAUUAUUCAUAUAUAUAAAAGAAGACAUUUAUUGUGUCAUCAUUUAUAGAACGAGUAAACCAGUGACUUCUUUUUCCAUGUUGUGUGUGUGUGUGUGUGUGUGUGUGUAUCAAUGUGUGUGCGUAUAUGUGUUAAUGUACGUAUCUGCGUGUGCCCCUUCACAAAUAUAUAUAAGCAUAAUUUUUCGUUUCCUUUUAAAGACUAUGAUUUUAUUGACUUACUAUAAUUUUUAUUAUAUGUAUAUGUAUGUACACAUCACUUUAUAAAUAUAUAGACAGAAAAAAGUGAAUUAUAUGUAAAAUUAGUUCUUAUUAUGCAGUAUGUUAUGUUAUCAAUAACUCUUUUUCUCGCGAAUUGCAAGGAGCACAUUUCAUUAUUAUGUUUAUAUAUCAAUCAUUAUAAUUAGUAUACAGUAUUACAAUAAGAAAAAUUUUAUUCUUAAAACAAGAAUUUUAUCGACGAAAUGUUUGUUGUGUAUGUAUUAGAGAAAAAGAGUAUGUGGACUAUCUUUUAGAGAAAAGAAAAAAACGAAACGAAAAACAAAAUAACAAAAUAAAUAAAAUAAAUGAGGAAGCAUAUUUAACUGUUUCAAAGUACAACAUUCUAUGGACUGUAUUUCCGAUAUACAUAUGCAUAUAUAUAUAUAUAUAUAUAUAUAUGUAUGUAUAUAUAUGUAUAUAAUAAUUUAAUCGCACAUAACAGAUGCAUUACACGCUAUUGUUUUAAAAUAAUAGUCCACGGCUAUCAUACUGAUAAUAUGACGUUAUUUACUGUUGGAAAUUAGUAUAUAAGAAAUGUAAAUAUUGUAAAAGUUCGUCGUUUAUAUAUAUAUAUAUAUAUAUAUAUAUAUAUAUAUAUAUAUAUAUAUAUAUAUAUAUAUAUAUGUAUAUGUAUAUGUAUAUAUAUAUUCUUCGUUAUAGCACAUUCUUCCUCUGAUUUUCACAUUCUAUAUAUGAAAUUAUAUGUAUAUAUUCAAUAUAUAUAUAUAUAUUGUGUAUAACAGCGAUUGAAAAAGAAAAAUAAUGGGGGCAAUAUGCAAAGCAAGAUAUUUUAUAGUAGAAAAGCAAUUUAUUUACCUGAUCGUAUAUAGGCUUAGCGACCUAAAUGAAUAAAAAUAAAAAAUAAAAAAAAUAAUAACAAUAAUACAAAAAUAUAUUCCACAUUAUAUGCAACACGAAUUAAAAAAAAAAAAGAGGAAAAAAAAAGAAAAACCCGUAUGUACAGAAGAGAAAAAUACUAUUCAAUAUAUAUGAAAAUUAAAUGUGUACAUUGUAUGUAUACAUUAUCUUUUAAUGCUAGUAUUUACUAGCACGAAUUAUUACAAAUUCCUGUGUAUCAUGUGAGAAUUUAUAUCUUUUAAAUCACUAUAAAUAAGAAAUUUAGUAUUAGCAAUAUUCUGAUAUAAUGUACAUUAGAAUUUCAUGUCUCUUUGUCCAGAAAAUAAAUUAAUUUUAUGAUA